AUGGAGACAUUCUGGAUCAUUAGAGUCGAAGAAGUCUUCAGAAGCCAGAGAAUUCUUCAGAAGCCAGAGGAAUCUUCUGAAGACAGAGGAAUCUUCAGAAGCCUCAGAAGUCUUCAGAAGCCAGAGGAAUCUUCAGAAGCCACAGAAGUCUUCAGGAACCAGAGGAAUCUUCAGAAGCCAGUCGUAGCAUUUUUUAAAACUACCUAUAGGCAAACCUCCAGCGGUUUCCUUCAUGGAAACUUUGUUGGACUGUUUGAAGGACUGAAGAACGUUGAGAUGGCCCAGGUCCCUGCAGAGGGACCUGAUAAUUUACUCGUUAUGUCGCAGGAAGUCCUUCCUUCUUGGUCGUUCGGCGGUAUCCUUCGGGAAAACUUGUAUGCUGGACUAUUGGGAGGACUCUGCGGAAUGUUAUUUAUAUUAUUCCUGAAACAUCAGGAAGGACAAUUGGUUAGCAAGACAACAGAGAACGCAGAACCUAGGAUUCGAUGUGAACUGGAAGACUUGACGGACAUUAAUCUCAAUCUAGAAAGAGAAGUGGAGGAGGCUCAAGAGAAGAACUGCGACCUCCUCAAGGAUAAGGCUCAGAUGACGAUAGAAGAGGACGCUCUCCUGGAGAGGACACAAGACCUGGAAAAUCCCUUGGCUAGUGACGAAAAUUCACAUGCUGAAGAAAUCGUUGAUGCGACCCAGGAGACUGAAAGGAAAAUACAAGAAGCAGCAGACACCAUUCAAGUUUUGACACAAACCGAAGACUUGAUAAAUGAACAAGAAGAAAUAGAUUAUUUAAAUGGCCUCAAUACUGCAAACAAUAUACUGCAAGAACGUCUAAAUGAAUGUGCAGAUGAAAAAGAGAGAACUGGAGAGGAAAUGGAUAGAAAGACAGAAGAUGAAGAACAGGAAAAGGAAGGGAAACGAUUCCUGAGAAUAGUGGAUGAGGAAGUCAGAAAAUUAGAGGAUCUAAUAAACAACGCAGAAUCAGAUAUGGAAACGUUUAGACCACAGAUGAAUGAAGAGGUACAAGGAAAGGUCUUAGCUGCCCUGGGAAAAGCCCGCCUCCUCAUUACUCAGAAGGUUGAACAAUUUCGAGGUCUAUGUCAACAAAAUAUUGAUGGGCCAAAAGGUGAAGAACCCACUAUAAUGGCUGCAGACCUAGCUGGCUUUUGGGACAUGGUAUCAAUUCAGGUCGAUAAUGUACACCACCUUUUCAAAGAGGUCAGUGAUCUGAAAACUAAUGGAUGGAAACAGGACCAAAAUGCAGAGACCACUGAUAAUGUCACCAUAGGCCCAGUGAAGAGGAAACCAGCAAAGGUUGUGAAAAAAGCUAUGAAGACUUGUCCUGAGGAACAAAAGCCACGAGACGAGGCCCGCAAGAAACUGUUGGAUGAGAGACGCAGGGCAAUGAAGGAGGCUUUGAAAGCUAAACAAAUACUACUUGAUACAAAUGGCAUAGUAAAUGAUGUAGAAAUUAUGGUGGCAGAAAACAAAACCGCCCAUUUGCCGAAUUUAACAUGUGGAAAGGAGGACAAAAUAACAAAGAGCAAUGAAGGUGGUGAAGUUAAUGACAAAAUCAAGGAAGUAGAAAAACAAAGCGAAGGCCACCAAUUCUUAAAAAUAGUUGAAAACAAGGUUUCUGUAUUACAAGACCUGAUAAACAAUGCCGAAUCUGACCUGGAAGCCUUCACACCACAGAUGAGUGAGGAGGUACAAGGAAAGGUCCUCGCAGCAACAGGAAAGGCGCGCCUCCUUAUCUCACAGAAGAUAGAGCAGUUCAGAGGCCUAUGUCAACAAAAUAUUGAUGGGCCCAAAAGUGAAGAACCUGCUAUACUAGCUGAAGAUCUGGCUGGAUUUUGGGACAUGGUGUCCAUCCAGGUGGAUAAUGUUCACCAGCUUUUCAAAGAAGUUAGUGUUCUUAAAGCUAAUGGAUGGAAAGAGAACCCAAAUACACAGAACACUAAUAAUGUCACCAAAGGCCCUGCAAGGAGGGAACCAGUAAAAGUUAUGAAAAAAGUAACGAAGAAUUGCUCCGAGGAACAAAAGGCACGAGACAAGGCCCGCAGGAAACUAUUGGAGGAUAGACGUAGAGCAAUGAAAGAGGCAUUGAAAGCUAAACCAGCUAAGCCUGAUGCAAAUGGCAUAGUAGAUGAUGUGGAAAUUAUGUUGGCAGAACAAAACAUUGCCCAUUUGCAGAAUUUAGCAGGUGAAGAUAAGGAGAAAAGGACAAAGGGAGAUGAAGGUGACACAGUUAAUGAGAAAACAAAGGAAGUAGAAAAACAAAGCGAAGGCCACCAAUUCUUACAAAUAGUUGAAAACGAGGUUUCGGGAUUACAAGCCCUGAUAAACAAUGCUGAAUCUGACCUGGAAACCUUCACACCACAGAUGAGUGAGGAGGUACAAGGAAAGGUCCUCGCAGCAACAGGAAAGGCGCGCCUCCUCAUCUCGCAGAAGAUAGAGCAGUUCAGAGGACUGUGUCAACAAAAUAUUGAUGGGCCCAAAGGUGAAGAACCUGCUAUACUAGCUGAAGAUCUGGCUGGAUUUUGGGACAUGGUGUCCAUCCAGGUGGAUAAUGUACACCAGCUUUUCAAAGAAGUCAGUGUUCUUAAAGCCAAUGGAUGGAAAGAGAACCCAAAUACACAGAAUACUAAUAAUGUCACCAAAGGCCCUAUGAAGAGGGAACCAGCAAAAGUUAUGAAAAAGGCUAUGAAGAAUUGCUCUGAGGAACGAAAGGCACGAGAUGAGGCCCGCAAGAAACUAUUGGAGGAGAGACGUAGAGCAAUGAAAGAGGCACUGAAAGCUAGACAAACUCACCUUGAUGCAAAGGGCAGCACUGAUGGUAUUGAAAUUCUGGUGGCAGAAAAGAGAAUGGCCUGCGAGUGA